AUGGAGGCAAUCCUUGCUGCCAAAACGGAGCUGCUGCGACACAUUGUCCACGGACAACAGCAGCAGCACCAGCAGCCAUAUGGUGGGAGAAACGCCCACCAGCCGCAAGCGACGUCGAGGAUCUCCAGAGCCGGCACAGAGUGCGCCGCCCGUGCCGCUCCUCCGCGCGAGCAGCUUCUCGCCGGCGACCACACGCCACGCGAGGCUGUAGACAGAUCUGAGGGAAGGGAAGCACAGGGACGGGAGGAGGAGGAGCUCGGCAGCUAUCCAUUUUACUCACCGGAAGAUCGACGUGCACCACCAAUACUCCUGCCUUGCUACUGGUUAAGGCGUUGCUGGGCGGCUUCAAGAAGGGUGCAAGGAACUGAUAUGCUGAGGCACUGAUACAUUGUAAGUUCAAAGAUUAGC